AUGGCUGCCGAAACCUACUCCGGGCUUGCCGACUACGUCAAGAACCUCGCGAGAGCCCACGACCCCGCCCGCGAUGCCUCGUUCAAGGCCCAGAUAGCCGCCAAUGGUGCAAAGGCCACGGCCAACGCCAUCGCCCUGCCCGGCCCCGACUGCGCUGAAAAGGCCCAGCUUGAGCAGGAGAUCGCCGCUUUGUGCGCGCGCAUCGACUUCCUCGAGCACAAGAGCAACGUCGUCGUUAACCAGGACGCCUUCCCCAUCACACCUGCCGGCGAGCCUCCCGAGGAGGGCCUGGUCUACGCAACCUCAGGGCCCUUUGGCAAGCCCAGCGCACCCUAUGACCGCCGCAGCUCCACCAAGGAGCAGCGAGCCCUCUGGGUCAGCAACUGGCUCGCGGCCAAAGAGUCCAACGGCGACCACCCCCAGGAGCCUGCCGCUGCCCUCACCGAGGAGCAGCUCAACUACCUGCGCGACCACCUGAACAAGCAGGCCGACCAGAUCAAGAAUCAGCGCGAGCACAUCGACAACCUGAGCGCCGAAGUCAACAAGCAGCUGAACAACCAGAACAUGGUCUUUGAGCACGGCAUCGAGGAUAUCGGUGCCCUGAAGCGCGAGCUCGGCAAGCACCAGCAGGCCAACCUGGCUUUCCAGAAGGCUCUGCGUGAAAUCGGCGCCAUCGUGACAGCAGUCGCUAUGGGCGACCUCAGCAAGAAGGUUUUGAUCCACGCUAAGGAAAUGGACCCCGAAAUCACUCUGUUCAAGCGCACAAUCAACACCAUGGUGGACCAGCUGCAAGAGUUUGCCAGCCAAGUCACCUUUUUGGCCCGAGAAGUCGGUACCGAAGGCAGACUCGGUGGUCAGGCAAACCUUCCCGGGGUGGAUGGUAUCUGGGCUGAGCUGACCGACUCCGUCAACGACAUGGCUAAGAACCUUACCGAGCAAGUGCGAGAAAUCGCCGUCGUUACAACCGCUGUCGCCCACGGCGACUUGAGCAGAAAGAUCGAGCGUCCAGCGAGGGGAGAGAUCCUCCAGCUGCAACAAACAAUCAACACCAUGGUGGACCAACUGCAAUCAUUUGCGACCGAGGUCACAAAGGUGGCUAGAGAUGUCGGUACCGAAGGCAAGCUCGGCGGUCAGGCUGAGAUCGCCGGUGUUAAGGGCAUGUGGAACGAGCUGACCGUCAACGUGAACGCCAUGGCGCAGAACCUGACAACCCAGGUGCGAGACAUCGCUCAGGUAACAACUGCUGUCGCCCAGGGCAACCUCACUCGGAAGGUCGAGGCCGAGUGCAAGGGCGAGAUUCUGGAACUCAAGUUGACGAUCAAUCGCAUGGUCGACCAACUGCAACAGUUCGCACACGAAGUCACCAAGAUUGCGAGAGAAGUCGGAUCCGAAGGCAGACUCGGCGGCCAAGCUACCGUCCACGGAGUCGAAGGAACCUGGAAAGAUCUCACCGAGAAUGUCAACGGUAUGGCGAUGAACCUGACGACACAAGUACGAGAGAUUGCCGAAGUCACAACAGCUGUAGCCAGAGGAGAUCUUAGUCGAAAGGUCAAGGCUGAAGUCCAGGGUGAGAUUCUGUCUCUGAAGAUCACCAUCAACACCAUGGUGGACCGCCUGAAUACGUUUGCCCAGGAAGUCAGCAAGGUUGCUCGCGAAGUCGGAACCGACGGUAUCCUAGGCGGACAAGCACAGGUCGACAAUGUGGAAGGCAAAUGGAAGGACCUUACGAACAACGUCAACACCAUGGCGCAGAACCUGACAUUGCAGGUACGAAGUAUCUCGGAAGUCACACAGGCUAUUGCCAAGGGAGAUAUGAGCAGGAGAGUGCAUGUGGAUGCUGAGGGAGAAAUCCGACUGUUGAAGGACACCAUCAACGACAUGGUCAUGAGACUCGAUGAGUGGUCGCUCGCUGUGAAGCGUGUGGCCCGCGAUGUCGGCGUCGAUGGAAAGAUGGGUGGCCAAGCAGAUAUCCGGGACAUUGAUGGACGAUGGAAGGAGAUCACGACCGACGUCAACACCAUGGCCCAGAAUUUGACCUCGCAAGUGCGCGCCUUCGGCGACAUCACAAACGCUGCCAUGGAGGGCAAGUUUACCCAGAUCACAGUUGAGGCGUCCGGUGAGAUGGACGAGCUGAAGAGGAAAAUCAACCAGAUGGUGUCCAGUCUACGCGAGUCCAUCCAGAGGAAUACAGCGGCCAGGGAGGCAGCCGAGUUGGCCAACAAGACCAAGUCAGAAUUUCUGGCCAACAUGUCUCACGAGAUCCGAACGCCCAUGAACGGUAUCAUUGGUAUGACGCAGCUUACGCUAGAUACCGACCUCACGCACGCACAGCGGGAGAUGUUGACGAUCGUGCACAACUUGGCUGGCCAGCUCUUGACCAUCAUCGACGACAUCCUCGAUAUCUCCAAGAUCGAGGCGAACCGGAUGGUCAUGGAAGAGAUUCCAUUCUCAAUUCGCGGCACAAUCUUCAACGCGCUCAAGUCGUUGGCUUCAAGGGCCAACGAGCGCAAGCUGAACCUCGCGUACGACGUCUCCUUCAGAGUGCCCGACUACGUGGUUGGCGAUUCUUUCAGGUUAAGGCAGAUCAUCUUGAACCUUGUCGGCAACGCUAUCAAGUUUACCGAGCGCGGAGAAGUCAAGGUGGCCAUUAGCAUGGCGCAAGAGCAAGAGUGUGGCCCGGAUCAGUAUGUCUUCCAGUUCGCUGUUUCCGAUACAGGCAUAGGUAUCCGCGGCGACAAGCUCAACCUGAUCUUCGACACCUUCCAGCAGGCCGACGGUUCAACGACCAGGAAGUUUGGUGGCACAGGUCUUGGUCUAUCCAUCUCCAAGCGCCUGGUAACGCUCAUGGGUGGCCGUAUGUGGGUCGAGUCCGACUUUGGCAAGGGCAGUGUCUUCUACUUCACAUGCAGAGUCCGUCUCGGAGCUCCCGACAUCAGCGCUAUCCAGCCCAACCUCCGGGCGUACAACGGUCACACGGUCAUCUUCAUCGAUCAGGGCCACACCAACUUCUCCGAAGAAGUAGUUCAACAUCUCAAGACCCUCAAGCUUGUUCCCAUGGUCGUCAGCUCGGUCGAAGAGGUGCCAGCAUCGGACAAGAGGACUAACACUGCUUAUGAUUGCGUCAUUGUCGACAACGACGCCACGGCACGGGAGCUGAGGGGCGCAGACCGUUUCAAGUACAUCCCGCUUGUCAUGCUCACUCCCAGAGUGGCGAUAAGCCUCAGGUCUGCUCUGGAGAAUGGUAUCUCGAGCUACAUGACCACACCGUGUCUCCCGAUCGACUUGGGCAAUGCACUCAUCCCGGCUCUGGAUGGACGCGCUGCGCCCUUGGUGUCUGAUCACUCAAAGUCCUUCAACAUCCUGCUCGCUGAAGACAACGCUGUCAACCAGAAGCUUGCCGUUCGCAUUCUGGAGAAGUACCACCACAGGGUCACUGUAGCAAACAACGGUCUGGAAGCAUUCGAGCACAUCCAGAAGAAGCGCUACGACUGCGUUCUGAUGGACGUGCAGAUGCCUGUUAUGGGUGGUUUCGAAGCUACAGCGAAGAUCCGCGAGUGGGAGCGCGAGAACGGCAUCCCAUCAACAGCCAUCAUCGCCCUCACUGCUCACGCCAUGGUUGGCGACCGUGAGAAGUGUCUCGCGGCGCAGAUGGACGACUACCUCUCCAAACCCCUCCGCCAAAACCAACUCAUCCAAACCAUCCUCCGCUGCGCAACAAUGGGUGGCGGUCUGUACGACGCGUCGCAUUCCAAAGACAACCUCUCUCCCCCCACACUCGGUCAACUAGGAACGUCUCCCAACGCCACUCCACGAGCAACACCCUCGAAACGCCCACAGCUCGAAGCCCGCGGCUUUACAGAACGCGGUCCGGCAGAAGUUGCGAGCCCAAAGCUCCUCGCUGCCGACCAGACGGAUGAGUCUGUUCAAGGGGUACUAUUGAGGUCCUUGUCUGACAUGCAUUGAACGAGGCUGAUGAGUGGCAGUUGCUCCUGAGAAGCCAUAGUAGCUGA